AUGUCAGCCAAGGAGCGUGUUGUGUACCUUGAAGACCUCGAUGGUUCUGCUGAAACGAAGGAAGACGCAACAAAUGCUGUGCAAGACGCCGCCCGGGAGGGCAAGUCCGCCGGCGCCACAUCCGCGCUCAUAGUCGAAACCAAUGUUGCUGUCGCCGAGCAAAAGACGUCCUCGUCGACCGCGGUAAAGCGACAGAGGACACUCGUGGACAUGUUUUCCGGCGGCGCGUCUGCUAACGCGCCUGCAGCCAAAAAGAUCAAGGUCACCAGGACAGCGAGCAGUAUAGCGUCGACCGCGUCUACUUUGAGCUCGCAGCCGUCCCUGAACUCCAUUCCCUUCUCCAUGUCGGAAUUUCAGGCCGCUUUGUCAGACGAGGAGCGUAAGCUACUCGCCCUCGAGUGUGAGACCCUUGGCAAGAGUUGGUUCAAGAUGCUCAAAGAUGAGAUUCGGAAGCCUUAUUUCCUAAAAUUAAAGCAGUUUCUGUACGACGCGGGCGUCCACGGUGCGAAGGACAGCGCCCCAAACCUCAAAAUCUAUCCCUCGCCGAAGAAUAUCUACUCUUGGUCCAAUCUUACUCCCCUUGGCCGAGUGAAGGUCGUCAUCAUCGGCCAGGAUCCCUAUCACGGUCCCGGGCAAGCCCACGGGCUGUGCUUCUCCGUCCCUCCAGGCGUGGCCGUGCCUCCGUCUUUGCGUAAUAUUUACGCAGAAAUCAAGGCGGAGCACCCGCAGUUCGAGCCCCCCAAGCACGGGCGCGCGGUCCGUCUUCCCACUUACACGCCGCUCCACAGAAACCUGACGGCAUGGGCCGAAAACGGCGUCCUUCUGCUGAACACAUGCCUCACCGUCAAGGCAGGCGACGCUGGUUCCCACUCCGGGAAGGGCUGGGAAGAGUUCACCGACAGGGUGGUCGACGUCGUUGACAGAUACGGCGGCGCCAAUCUCGCGAACCCGAACGGCGCAGGAGGGCGCGGCCGGGGCAUCGUCUUCCUCGCCUGGGGAGCCUGGGCCGCGAAACGCGUCGCGAAACUGGACAAGAAAAAGCAUCUCAUCCUGAAGAGCGCGCAUCCGUCCCCGCUGAGCGCGAGCAGAGGCUUCCUUGGUAACGGGCACUUCAAGCAGGCGAAUGAAUGGCUAGAACAGAAGUACGGUCCAGACGGCUGCGUGGACUGGUGCAAGCUUUGA